AUGGCGGUAAAUGAAAGUGUGGACAGCACUUGUCCUAGUAACGAGACUUCCCGUAUCGUUUGCGACGAGGGAGGCGUGGCAAUCGCGAGUGUCUUCUCCUUGCUCAUCUUCACAACAGUCUUGACGAACGUCGCUGUCAUCGUAGUCAUCUUGAAAGACAGGAGACUAAGGGAGGCUUAUAACUACCUAUACAUCCUUAGCCUGGCUCUGGCAGACUUGUCCGUGGGCGCCUUGGGAAUCGUGUCAUGCUGCAUGUACUACCUCGUGUGUACGGAUCUAGAUUCUUGCUCUAACUGGCAGGCCAUGGACUUUCUUACUGGGGGAGUCUCCAUGUUUAACCUUGUCGUGAUCUCUGUUGAUCGCUACCACGCGUUCGCAUCACCUCUUCAACACAACACCAGCAAGAAAAACAAACAAAGGAAAGUAGCAAUACUGUUGGUAGCCUGGGUUGUUCCAAUAGUAGCCUGGACCAUACCGCUGGGUAUCUCAAACUCUAUCUACGACGCUGGAAACGACAAUCUUCCAGUCCUUGUAACGUACUCUAUUCUCUUCCGUUUCUUGCCGUCGUCCAUCAUUGUCGCACUGUACGUGCGAAUAUUGAUCAUCAUACAGAGACUGACCAUGAGCACUGCGGAAAACGCGCGCUCAUCGAGCGACUCCACGAAUCUUGGAGCCAAUGGUGUCAGACUUGAGAAGAAGAGAAAGUCGUCGGACGUACUUCGGGGCAGGUACCGGGUCAUGUCAGGUCCAGCGGCGGUAGGAAUGUACGGGCGGAGGUCAACAACAACCACGAUGUCGAGGAGCUCAAUAGUUACCAGGCCGAGGGCUGCGACAUCCCCCGCAAGGACCGAACACCCGUGGCCGUGGGCAAAACGUCCUCUUCAACGACAAUCUGGUGGUAUUUUCACCAUUACUGAUGGUGAAAUCACGUGCCAUGUCUCCAAGCCUCCUCAGGUGAGAAUGACCUCCGAACAACAGCCGAGCUACAAGAAGAGGCGUUCGGGUUACCACGCGAACUUCAUCGUCCGUUACCGCGACGGAGACUCGGAGUCCGACGCGGCGUCGAUCGCGAUACCGGAGGUCGUCGUGGACCGCCCGAAGCUCUACGCUCACGAACGAGUCCUCUCGAACAUUCGCAACCAGCGCAGAUACGAGACUUUGAUGGCGCGUCACCGACGCGUCACCCGCCUUCUGCUCGGAAAAAUCGCCGCCUUCGUCAUUUGUUGGAUCCCGUACAGCAUCGUGUUACUUUUAUUGCCAUUUGAAAAGACACUUGUGGGAUUACAUGUAGCCUACAAAGUCACCAAGGCGUUGUCGUACCUAAACUCUACCCUAAAUCCGUUGAUGUACGUUUUCGGGAAUUAUGACUACAGGAGAGCCCUCAGGGAACUGUUGUUCAAAAAGAGACGUAACAUUUCCCUGGCACAAUACCGGACAUCCCAGAGCAAUGUCCAGUUUGGGCCCGUAAAGGGAAUUACCGGACGUUGA